AUAGAGAAAAAAGGGAGUAUAAUUGAGGUAUUUUAAGGGGUAAAAAGGCAGAGAAGAAAUGGCGAGUUCAUGGAAACCACGGAUAGAAAUAAAUUCUCAGCUUAUACGAGUUCUUAAGAACUCUAUUUCAGAGGAUUCAGUAUGUAGAAAUGAGGCGAUGAUGCAUCUAGAAGAAGCACAAAAAAUCCCGGAUUUUAAUAAAUAUUUAGCUAAUAUUUUCCUGGAAGCAGAUGGAUCGGAUAUUUCAGUUAGAUCUACAGCAGGAUUACUUCUUAAGAAUAAUGUCAAUAUGUUUUUUUCACAAAUACCAGUGGAUGAUUUAAUAUAUCUUAAAGAAGCGUCUAUCAAUGGGCUUUCAGAUCAGCAACAACUUAUCCGUAGUAUUGCGGGGAAUUUAAUUACGACUAUUAUUAGGAAGGGGGGUAUUAUAAAUUGCCCGGAGAUUCUGCCCAAACUUAUGCAAAUGAUGGAAAGCCCGGAUGUUUUAACACAGGAGGGGGCAUUUAGUGCUAUGACGAAAAUAUGUGAAGAUUCGUCUCGAGAACUAGAUCAAGAAUAUAAUGGGGAACGUCCAUUAAAUUUUAUGAUUCCUAAAUUUCUUUCAUAUACGGAUUCGAAGAAUCCGAAGAUUAGGGCGGAUGCGUUUUUCUGUCUUAAUCAGUUUAUUUUGACUAAAUCUCAAUCGCUUUUUGCUCAUAUAGAUAUGUUUCUUACAAAGCUUUUUCAAUCAGCGACAGAUAGUACACCAGAUGUAAGAAAAAAUGUAUGUCAAGCUUUGGUUAUGUUACUUGAUAUAAAGUCGGACAAAAUUCUUCCAUCGUUUAAUAGCAUUGUUGAAUACAUGCUUUAUUGUACAUCAGAUUCAGAUGAAAAUGUUGCAUUGGAGGCAUGUGAAUUUUGGUUAGCUGUUGCGGAGCAACCGGAGCUUCAAGUACCAUUAGAACAAUAUCUUGAUCGAAUUGUGCCUAUUUUGUUGAAGGGGAUGGUAUAUUCAGAAUUAGAUAUUUUAACAUUAGGAGGAGAUGAAGAUGAUACUCAUAUUGCGGAUAAACCGGAAGAUAUUAAGCCUCAAUAUGCAAAAGCAAAAGUUCAUGAAAACCAGCACAUAUACGAUGAAUCUUCUCAAAAAAUUCCAAGACUUGAUGAUGAUAAUAAUUUCGAUCAAAGCGAUUAUGAUUAUGAUGAAAGCGAUGAUGAAGCCUACUCUCAAUGGAAUUUGAGAAAAUGUUCUGCUGCAGCUUUUGAUGUUCUUUCCACAGUAUACCAUAAUAAACUUUUAGAAAUUUCUAUGCCAUAUUUAAGGCAAAAUAUUUUUAAUGAAGAUUGGAAAAUAAGGGAAGCAGGUGUACUUUCUUUAGGAGCUCUCGCAGAAGGCUGUUUUAAAGAUAUGGAAAAAUUUUUGCCAGAACUAUUUCCUUAUCUUAUAUCAUUAUUAAAUGAUCCUAAACCUUUAAUGCGACAAAUGACAUGCUGGACACUAGGAAGAUAUGCUAGAUGGGCAGCUUUUUUACCAUCUGAAGAAGAAAGACAAAAAUAUUUUGUUACUCUUUUAGAAGGGUUGCUGCGUAUGGUACUAGAUAACAAUAAAAGUGUUCAAAAGGCUGGAUGUAGCGCUUUAGCUAAUCUUGAAGAACAAACUGGACCAAUUCUUAUCCCUUAUCUUAAUCCCAUUCUUCAUGCUUUGGUUAUGGCAUUUCAAAAAUAUCAACAAAGAAAUCUUCUUAUAUUAUAUGACGCACUGCAAACCCUUACAAAUUCUGUAGGCCAAGCUUUAAACAAAAAAGAAUAUAUUGAUCUUUUGAUGCCACCUCUUAUUGAAAAAUGGGAUUCUCUUGCUGACGAUGAUCGAAAUCUUUUCCCUUUACUAGAGUGUUUAUCAUCUGUUACUGUCGCUUUAGGUGAUGGAUUUAUGCCAUUUGCACAACCAGUAUUUUCUCGCUGCAUAUCCAUUAUACAUAAAACCUUAAUACAACUAAAUGCAUAUAACCAGGAUCCAAGACUCGAUAUACCUGAUAAAAAUUUUCUUGUAACAUCUCUUGAUUUAUUAAGUGGCCUUGUAGAAGGCCUCGGCACCAAUUUUGAAUACUUAAUUAUGCAGGCUGAGCCUCCUCUUGUACAACUAUUAUCAAUUUGCAUUACAGAUCCAUCACCAGAAGUUAGACAAUCAUCAUAUGCAUUGCUUGGAGAUUUAUCAAUUUUUUGUUUUCACCAUAUUAAACCAUAUAUAGCACCCCUCAUGUCAGAACUAAUUGGACAAUUGGACUUACAGCAUGAAUCGUUCGGUGUUUAUAGCAAUGCAGCAUGGUCUUCUGGAGAAAUAUCUUUAAAAAUGGGUCUCGAAAUGUUGCCUUACGCAAAUCCAUUAUUAAAUCGGUUAAUUAAAUUACUCAAAGAACCUAAUUCACUGCCAAGCGUUCUCGAAAAUUGCGCUAUAGCCAUAGGUAGACUAAGUUUAGUAUGCCCUGAUUCAGUAGCUCCAAAUCUUCGAAAUUUCGCUAAACCAUGGUGUGCUGCUUUAAUGAAUGUACAUGAUAACGAAGAAAAGGAUUCUGCUUUUCGAGGUUUAUGUGCAUCCAUCUCUAGAAAUCCUGAAGCUAUGACUGAUGUUCUUCCCGAUUUCAUGUCUGCUAUUGCUAGAUUUCAAAAACCUUCCCCCGAACUUAACGACAUGUUUUCAAAGAUUUUAAGAGGAUAUAAAGCAAUACUAGGCAAUUGGGAUAAUAUUAUGUCAACCCUUCUCCCUGAAAACCAACAACAUUUACGACAACGAUAUAUCAUUUAAUCAACUUAUUACACACUUUAUUCUUGAUCUAUUCAUAUACCCCGAC